GGGGUUGCCCACCUUCACUCCCCAGUUUGUGGUGGAGAAUUGAGAUCUCUCUUCCUGUGAAAAAAAAGCGCAAGGUGGGCUUGUUGGGCCAGCCAUUUGCCCACUACAGCUCCGCCACUUGGCGUCAUCCUGUGCCUCCAUCCGUCACCUCUAUUCCCCUGUACCCUUCACUUCAUUGCAGCCUCAAAUAUAUUUCUCAAUUUUCUAACAUUAAUAAAUCCACAACAAAUUAUAGUGGCUGAGAUUGCUCCCACCCCACCUCCUCUCUCUCUCUCUCUGGAACAAGCUUUCGCUUCGCCUGCUGGUUUAAGGCCUCACCGAAACACAGACGAACACUUCUUCUCUGCUUUCUUCUUCUUCCUAUCUUCAACGCUCCGCAGACUCUCUCUCUCUUUCUUCACGUAUUUUUUCUUAUGUUACUUUGAAUUUUCGAUCAAGUUGUUGGGACUCCGAUUCGCCAUUGCCGACAAAUCUAUGCUUUGUGGCGAGUCUUCGAUGAAUUCGCUUCAUGCUUCAUCGCAGAUGACAUCCGAGGAGCGAGAGGUAUCGUUUCCCAUGGCUUUCUGCGAAGGUUUCAGCGUCUUCCAGUUCGUUUUGUAGUAUUAACUUAUAAGGUUUUCUCAUCAACGACGGCUAAUCCCUUUCAAGCCUUCAAUGUCGAGAGAGAUGAAUGCAGGCCGUUGUGCUAUAUGCUUGUUAUAGAAUAUUUAGAGUUGCGGAAGCUGUUUUAGUCCGGUGAUGGACACUUAUUCUUCUGGAGAGGACUUGGUAAUCAAGACAAGGAAGCCAUAUACUAUUACAAAGCAGCGAGAGCGAUGGACAGUGGAGGAGCAUAAUAGGUUCCUAGAAGCAUUGAAACUCCAUGGUCGAGCUUGGCAGCGGAUAGAAGAACAUAUAGGAACAAAGACUGCAGUUCAGAUCAGAAGUCAUGCCCAAAAGUUCUUUUCGAAGUUAGAGAAGGAAGCUCUGGUUAAAGGAAUUCCUGUUGGACAAGCUCUCAACAUAGACAUUCCUCCUCCACGCCCCAAAAGGAAGCCGAGCAAUCCUUAUCCUCGGAAGACAGGUGCAGGUGAUCCUACUUCGCAAGUGGGAGUAAAGGAUGGAAAACUGAUUAUGUCAAUUUCUUCUACACAGCCUGCUAAGCAAAUACUGGACUUGGAGAAAGAGCCACUUCUGGAGAAACCUGGUGGUGAUGGAAAGUCGGCAAAUGCAAAAAAAAAUCUGGAUGAUGAAAGUUGCUCAGAAGUCUUUACGUUUUUUCAAGAAGCUCCUACGUCUAUGUGUUCUGUGAACAAGAACUCCAUAUCAACACCAGUGGCACUCAGAAACUCUUGCAUUUUUAGGGAGUUUGUGCCUUCGGUGAAAGAAGUCAUCAACCAGGAUAAAAAUAAUGAAUCUUUUGCCAAUGCUGAGACCAAAGAAAAUCAGCAGCAUAAAUGUGAUGCCAAACAGGCUAUUCAGGAAAAUGGCACGAGCAUAUCCUCAGACUUGGAGAUAUCUCACACUUCACCCAAGAAAAUGGUUUCUAAUGAGAAAACAAGGAAACUAAGUGAGCAUGAAAAUUUUGGUCCAUGGCCAGCAAAUGACGUGCAAGCAGCGCAUAACUACCCAAGGCAUGUUCCUGUGCAUGUUCUAGAUGCAAGCCUGGGAAUGUGUAGUCAAACUCCUGCCCUAAAUUCGUUAUACCGAGAAUCCAUGGUUCAUCAAAUGGGAGGAGUUCAUGGACAAACUAACGUGUUCACUAAUCCAGCUGCAUCUGCAACUACUGAAAAUCAAGAUGACACCUCAAGAUCAUCCAUUCAUCCAUCCGUUCCCACUUUCCCUUCUCCCUUCAACCCUGUCCAUUACAAUCAAGAUGACUACCGAUCAUAUCUCCACAUCUCCUCUGCCUUUUCAAGUCUUAUUUUAUCUAGUCUGCUACAAAACCCUGCAGCCCACGCUGCAGCAAGCUUUGCAGCUUCAUUUUGGCCCUGCACAAAUGUGGAAGCUUCCGAAAAUUCUCCUGCAGGCACAAUUGGAGGUUUUCCACCAAGGCAAAUUACCUCUGCUCCAAGUAUGGCAGCAAUUGCUGCUGCUACUGUAGCAGCUGCAACUGCAUGGUGGGCAGCCCAUGGACUGCUCCCCUUUUGCACUCCUCUCCUCACUGGCUAUUCAUGUACUCCUGCAUCCACCACUGUAGCCCCAUCAAGAGAUGCUGGUCAAGCAUCAGCAGCCAACAAGGAAAGGAAGGAGAAUGCUUCUGAAAAUCCCCCAUCGCAAGAUCAGCAAUUGGAUCCUGAAGACUCUGAAGCUUUGCAAGCACAUAAUUCUGCUUCCAAGGCACCAACUUCAUCAUCAUCAGACUCUGAGGAGAGUGGACUUGCAAAGGUAAAUACUGGGUUAACAGCUCCUGAUCAUGAGAAGAUGGCUGCAGUAGUAACUGAGGUCCAUGAUUCAAACAAGGCAAAGAGUAGAAAACAGGUGGACCGAUCUUCGUGUGGUUCAAACACACCUUCUAGCAGUGAAGUAGAAACAGAUGUAUUAGAGAAACAUGAGAAUGACAAUGAUGAGUUAAAGGAACCUGAUGCAAAUCAUCCCGCUACUGAAUCUAGCAAUCGCCGCACUAGAAGUGCCAGCAACAUUAAUGAUUCUUGGAAGGAGGUCUCUGAAGAGGGGAGGAUAGCUUUUCAAGCACUGUUUUCUAGAGAAGUGUUGCCACAGAGCUUUUCACCUCCGCAUGAUCUGAAGAAUAAGGAGCAUCACAAAAAUAAUAUUGAAUGGGUUAAGCAGAGCAUGGAUGAGAAAGACAAUGAUGCAUCACGUUUAGACCUCAACAGCAAGACUUGUGGAACUUGUUCCUGUCAUCGGGAAGUUGAGAAAAAUGUAUUGGUGACGGGCAAUGACAACGGGGAAGAGGGACUACUUUCAAUGGGGCUUGGACAGGGAAAGCUCAAGGCUCGUCGAACAGGUUUUAAACCUUACAAAAGAUGUUCAGUUGAAGCAAAGGAGUGCAGGGUGGCAAAUGCCAAUGGAAGUGAAGAAAAUUGUGCUAAGAGGAUACGCUUGGAAGGGGAUGCCUCAACUUGAUAUUUAAUAUUCCAUGCAAUUGUAUACAAAGGAAAUCUUUGUAGUUGCAUGUGAUUCUAUUUUUUUCCCCGUUCCAACUCUUAAAUUUUUAAGUCCUGACGCUCCUGAAACUUCCCAUCUAUGUGUUUGUGUACCAUAUUUCUACAUUAGCUUUUUAAUUUUUAAUUUUUUAUUUUACUUCAGACCACGCAAAUGCAUUUGAGACUACUUGAAAAGACUUGGAUGGAGGAUAAUAGAAAGAAAAUUAACUAGCCUUCAUCCGGCCUCUUUACCAGAAA